UAUUCUUCAUUUCUAUUAUUAUUAUUAUUAUUAUCUUUUCAAUUUACCUUUAUUAUUCCUCCUCCUUCUGGUUGACUCCCUUUUCUUAAACCCCUUCAGGCCACACUGACCAUCUCGUUCCUCUUUUUGUCCGACCAGAUCUCUUCAUUCUUUGAGAUCCUCCUAUCCCUCUAGAUUCACAAUAUCAACACAACUUCUGCAAAACUUAUACAACUUACGUCUAUACCGACCAUUUCCCUCGUUACGCCUCCCAUCCUUUAUCUCACGGCUUCCCGCAGCCAAACCCGGUCGGAGCGGGGUUUCAAAACACCACUCCCAACUUCAGGAUAUUCCGCCCCAUCAUCGCUCGGAACUCGUUUCCUAACCUCCGCACUCAGCGGAGGCCUAUCUCAACUCAACCCUUCCCCCCCUCGCAGUGUCUCGGCGUCCGGGACCAUCUGGGGUGCAACGGUGUCCCUCUCGCCGUCGAAACAACCGGCGCACCCUCUACGCAAUGCUCAAAAAGAAGACCUUACACCCGCCGUUACUCUUCCGGAAUCACACCCCAACCUCCACCCCCGAACUAUCCCCCACCACCUCUUCGGAUAGCGACUCGGACGGGGAUAUGGACCCCGCCCACUCGCGGCCGCUGAGCCUCGCGGUCGCUCCGGGCGUCUUCGGUCCCAUGCGACCGACGUUGGCGGAGGUCCUCGCAAACACCGCCCCUGCCCCCUACACCCUCAGUGCCUUUAUGGCCUACCUCUCCCAAAACCACUGCCUCGAGACCCUCGAAUUCACCUUGGAGGCCAAGCGGUACCGGGAAGCCUAUGCCGAACUCUCCCACCCGCUCACCCCUUCCCCCAUCUCCGCCGAUUCACCUCAAUGCCAGCGGGUGCGUAUGCUCUGGCAGCGCCUGCUGACCGCCUACAUUAUCCCGGGUGCGCCCCGCGAGAUCAACGUGUCGAGUGAGGUCCGCGAGCACAUCCUCCGACACGCCCAUCUCCCGUUCCCACCCGCCCCCGACGUCUUGGACACGGCCACCCGACUCGUUCACGACCUGAUGGAGGAGUCCAUCUUCCUACCCUUCCUCAAUGCGCACGCCACCUCGACCCCGUUGCUCUCCCCACGGGAGCCGUGCUGUACCGUCGAGGAGCGCGUGUCGGUGGUCUCGGGAUCCGGGUUCGACGAGCACGCGGUCCGACGCGUCCGGUCCAAGUCCAAGGCCCGCCGCCUCUCCCCCCAGUCCUCUCGGGACCUGGGCGCCCACUUCGCCCAGAGCUUCCCCGCCGGCAGCGGCGGCCGGUCCAACUUCUCGCUCAGCGCCAUGACGGCCAUGAGCAAGACGACGCACCGCACGUCGGGGCCCGUCUCCAGCGCCAGCGGCGACUCCGUCUCGGCCACGUUGACCGACGACUCGGGCAGCUUCGGGUCCCACACGAGUGUGGGCGAGCCCAUGACGCCGCCCACGACGCCGCCGUCCAGCGAGCCUAACAUGCAGCUGAUGCACAGUCCCAAGAACCGCACGGAAAACCCGUGGAAGAAGAUGGGAAUGAAGUUGGGCUUCAAGAAGCGGUCGGGCAAUGGCAGCUCGGGCAGUAUGAAAAUGGCGGGUCUGGAGGAAUGACCCCGCCUAUCGACUGGAUGAUCUUCAC